UGUGUGUGUGUGUGUGUGUGUGUGUGUGUGUUGGAAUGAAAAAAAAAGUAAUAAGUUAAAUACUCCAAAAUUGAAUCCAUGUUAUAUAAGAAGUGAGUUGGAAAGAGUACUCGACACAUGUGGAGCUGAUAUCAAUGUGAGGAAGAGGAAUUAAAGAGAAGGUAAGGCAAAGGGAGGAUGGGGGGGUAGCAGAGGGAGAGGCCAUUCACUACAAGUGGGGAGUAAUGGCUGAGACUAGCAAAGGUGUGGAUCACAUUUCUAAAAUGCCAACAGAUUUAACUCUGACUCAGGAACCUAACUCUGCACAGUGGGACAAGUACACCUACAUGAAUCCACAGAUGCUGUUUUGAUCCACUAGCCACGAUGGACCCCUUCACAGUAGGCAUCUUAGUGACCUGCGGACUGAUAGCUAUUAACAUGAUAGUGGCAGUAUCUGUAGAGAAAUCUCACCACAGAGCCCUUGCUGGUGUAGAACACAAAAUUGGUGGAAGCUACAUAUUAGCCAAUACAAAAGAUGAGUCUGAUGAUCUGACUAGAAGGCUCAUCAGGCCACAGGAUAAUAUAAGAAAUUACACAGACCUACAGAACUCAUCAGACAUCAAUUUGCAGACUAUUAAGAAUGACAAAGGUCUGCCAUAUACCAUUUCAAGUUAUGAAAAUCCACCAAACAUCAAUAUGUCUAGUACCACUGAGAGUGACCACAUGGCAGCAGUCACAACAGAGUGUACCAAAAGCUCUCAAAACUCCACCCAGAGUGACACCACCCCACAAGAUACCACACAUGAUGAUGCUAGCCCUUCGAACUCCACCCAGAGUGACACCACCACACACGAAAUUGCUGGCGCUCCGAACCCCACCCAGAGUGACACCAUCCCACAAGAUACCACACAUGUUGAUGAUAAUAGCCCUCCAUGCCCAACCCAGAUUGACUGCACCCCACAAGAUGCCCUAAAGAGUGAUGCUACUGAUCCAAACUCCACCCAGAGUGACAUCACCUUACAAGAUGCCACACACAGCGAUACUAGCCCUUUGAAUCCCACCCAGAGUGACACCACCCCACAAGAUACUACACACAAUGAUGCUAGCCCUCCGAACCCCACCCAGAGUGACACCACCCCACAAGAUACCUUACAAAGUGAUGCUACUGACCCAAAACCCACCCAGAGUAACCCCUCUCCCACAAGAUGCCACACACAGUGAUACUAGCCCACUGAACCCCACACAAAAUAAACGCUCCACAAGAUGCCGCACACAGUGAUGCUACCACUCCAAACUCCGCACAGAAUGACCACCCCACAAAAUGCCGCACACAGUGACACUAACUCUUCAAACCUCACCAAGAGACCAACCCUCAUGACAUUGCUAAGUGACAUCAGCCCAACAGACACCACUGAGAGGAAUUGCAUUGCACCAGACUCCAUUCAGAGAAAUAGUAGCUCAACAGAUAUCACAAAAAAUUACAGCAGCCUGGCAAAUGACAAAUACUACCCAGUGUCACUAGUACAUCAGAAGCAACUGAGAGAAAUACAGGCUAUCCAAACACAACUAAGAAUGACAUAAGAAAACCAAUCAUCAAUGACAGUGCCAGCGAUCUGCCAGACCACUGAGUGACAGCAGUCAACUAGAUUCCGCUGAUAGCAACAGACACCCAUCAGAAACCAGCAAGAAGUUACCCACCAAUUUAGUGCUCAUACUAGGUCAUACUAGGCCCCCAAAUACCUAUAAACAUAUUCCUGAUGCUCAUUAAUAUGUUGUCAGUACAUCUUAUUGAAUUGAACAUAAUGAAUACAAUCAAAACAGAUACAGACCCACAAUGUAAAUACACUCCUAGUAAGAUGCCAAUACAAGACACACCAUAAUAUCGUGCUAUGUGUCCUUAAAGGCGACACCACGAAAAUAAAGAAAGAAACUACUCAUUGACUAAAGGCAUCACUCAAAGCAACUCAGACACUGUCAUACAAUAUAUAAAUCAUUUUAAAAGUUGCCAGAAUCUACUACCUCACUCACAGUACAAGUACUGUACUGUAGGAUACUAAUCUGCUAUACCAAAUAGUAAUGUUUUAGGAUAUGGCAGCCUAACCUAUUCAUAUUAUGUUUGUUAAUUUAUUACCCUUUCCAUUAAGAGGUAAACAGUGAAAGUAGAACAAUUAAAGGAGGUGCAAGAAAGAAGAAUGUAAUGGUAUGAACAUGACAUUAGCAGAGAUGAAAAGUAUGGGUUGGAGAGUUAUGGACAUGGAAAUGCAUGAUAGAAGGACGUAAGGAAGACAUGACUUGAGGCAGUUGAAUUGUGUUAAGAGAGACUGAGGAGGGAAGGGACUAUCCGAUGAUCAAGACUUGAGAACAUGGAAAGGACUAGUCAGGCACGGUAACCCCAUAUGAGCAUGGGGGUAAAGCUGUUAAGACAAAGAGGAAUGAAUACAUAACAAUUAAAUGCAUAUUUUUCUAUGUAUUUAUAAGUUUUGAACCAUUACCUGUAGAAGUAAAAUUACAUAAGAUGAAGGCGAUAAUGUUAAUAGAAAACUGAAUAGAUUGUAUAUGUCUGUGCUAGCCAUGUUUUAUGGAAAACAUUAAUAUGAGUGGCAAUGAUAACAAACCUAAGUAAGUGGCCUGCAUCAUGAACUCAUUUUCCACUUGUCUUGGAAACAUUUUGCAAAGCUAGUGGGUGCAGGCAACCCUUAUGCUACAAUAAUGCUGCUCCUAAACAGACUAUGGUGAAGAACUAUAUAUGUAAUAUGAUUUUAAUGUGUAUACUAUUUAGUGUCUUUGAUAUUUUAGCAACAUACUGCAAAAUACAGCAUGAUAGAAGUAUGAUUAAUUUCCUGGCAGCUUUUCUAUUAUAAUGUAAACAUAACUAAUUCUUAGCAUGAUAUAUGAUUUGCUGUUUCUUUCUUCCUGUAGCUCAGUUGAUCAAAGCACCUGAGGCAUCAUAUCACAUGCCUGGGCCUACCAUGACACACUAAAGAUGUUGCUUCAGAAUCUAAACCAAUUAGAUUAUUAUGACAAGUGUUUUGUAAUGUUCUUGCAGAUGCUUCUAAAUAGAAUUUCAUUAUGAAAAGUGUACCAUGUUAUAUCACAAUAAGAAUGCCAGGUUUGUGGAGGUUAUGGACAAUUUUUAGGAGGGAUGUAAAAACAAUUAUUAUGAAAUGUGAAUGGAUAUUCCAUUAAACAUGUAUGUAUGCUUUUAAUAGAUAAAUAAAUGUAUAUGACUACACUGCAACAAACUUGUUUCAUAUUUUUUCACUUUCUUAUAUACAGUAAUCUUACAGGCUCAAGCUCAUUCCACUCACAAAAUGUGUGUACAAAGUAAAGUAUGAAUUGCUGAAACACUUGAAAUUUGUCUAUCACGUGAGUUUCAACUGCAAUAAUGCAUAUAUUACACUGUGUGUGUGUGUGUGUGUGUGUGUGUGUGUGUGAGUGUGUGUGUGUGUGUGUGUGAGUGAGUGUGCGUGUGUGUACAAUAUGAAAUACAGUAACUUAAUAAUCAGAACCUCAAGAAAAAAAAUUAAAACAUCUAGGAGUACAAGAAAAAGCUGAAGUUCAAUGAAGCAAAUAAUAAAAGAAAAGAAGAAAAAAAUGUCGUCACCAAAAACUUUUAAGUUAAACCAUAAGAAGGUUCCCAAACUGCAGUGAGUAAUAACACGACGUUAAACUGAUAAGUAGUAUGUUAAAUUUAGGAUGUAUAUAAGUAUAAUCAGGUAUUACAGCUGAUGUGCUUAUGAUGUGAUGGAAACGACGUGUGGAAAAGUGUAGUAGGACAAGAUUUUAAAUAAAAAUAAUAAUGAUAAAUGACAAACUCCUCAAUGCGACGGGUGGGUGACUGCCCUUGUCCAGUAAGUAUCCUUCUGAUGUAGCUCAAAUAACCAAGCAAUAUACCAUCAACAAAAACUCAUGAAGGGAGGGGUCAAUGGUAUCAGGGGUAAAGAUGAAGAGAGGUUGAACACCUCUGUCCUCUUAUAUUAUCAGAUUUAACGACUCUCUCUCUCUGAAAACUACUGUAACUACCGAACCGAACAGCUGAUCUUUUCUUAGCAUAUAGCAAUCAACACGCAAUCACACAGACACUCACUCACUCAGCAUUUCACCAAACAGUCAUACUCUUGAGGCGCUAACA